AUGUAACAGUUGAUGAUGACACUAAUGCAACAGUGGCAACUUCACAAAAAGAUGGAGGAUCGCUCCCAUUCUUUCUGACAGUGAAAUUUGUCCUUGGAAAUGGGAAAUUGGUGUCAGCAUCCUCCAAUGGCUUCUACGUGGAUGAAACCCCAGCAGAACUGGAUGUGUUCUUUUAUGUAGAUCUCAGUGUUAGCCGGUACAAGCCGACGUGGUACCAGUCGUCAGAGUCUACCAUUAGUUGUCUGUGGAGCUUCAUUGACAUGGAGAGCUUGGUCAAGGAGCAUUACUGGGCCAUAGGAACCUCCAGAGGGGCCAGAGACCUGCAAGACUUUGUCAACGUUGGGUUGAACCAGACAGCUACCAACAGUGAUCUGAUGGGAUUACUGCACCACAACACCACGUACUAUGUGACCCUGAAGGCUGUCAAUGGAGCAGGCUUGGAAACAAUAGUAGAGUGUGACGGAGUCACGGUUCUGCUGGAAGAGCCCACUGCAGAUGAUGUCAACACCACCACCAUGUUUAGUGAGAAGUUUGAGGAGGAGGUGUACCCACCUGAUGUGCAGAAAAGUGAGGACCCAACCAAGACUGGGACCUCCUGGUCCAAACCAGAGGAUGAGUCCAUCAUUAGCUAUGAGUACUGUGUGAGUAGUUCAGCUGAGCUUCUCGAUGACGUUGUUCCCUGCAUGGUGGUUGGGGGCAACUCCUCUGGUUCCGUGGCCAUCGAGAAUGGAAAGAUCGUAGUCCAAGCCGGUGACAGGGAGGAAAGGUUCAACAUCACUGACUUCCAGAUGCCAAAGGAGUCCACUCACCAGGUGAAGACAGGUGCAAAAUUCAACAUGGAGCCUGGCAAAUGUCUACAUACCUCGAUGAGGAUGUGUAAUGCAGCUCAGUUGUGUAAGAUUGUGCCAUCAGGAACUACUAUGGUGUUAGGGAACAGUGAUCAGGUGUUGACAUCACACAGUGGUACAGACCUCAUCCUGAUAUCACCAACAGUUCAUAGGAGAAAGAAGAGAGCGACAGACAACCACUUUGAUGUCACUGUGGCUACCACUGGAGGUCUGCACGUGGGUGGUUCUCUCAUCCUAGGCUUGCUGGAUGUGAAUAGAACCAAUCAGGAAUUCACAUCAGAUGCUUCCCCCGAUUAUAAACCUUACAUCACCAAUCCCCUGUAUACCAUCCAAUACACAUCAAGACUGCUCAGGCAAAGGAUACGCUUUGUGUAUGAGCCAACGUUCUACAUCUCCAGUCUUGGUCAGAUUGAGCUCCAAGGGCCACUGGUGAUCAGUCUGACUCUCAGAACACGAGGGAACUGGACAGAGGCAAAGCCUAGACUUAUCUACUGGGACACAGACCACUCUGAAUGGCGUGAUGCAGCCAAGACAUGCAGUGAUGUAGAUCGUAUCACUUAUCUCAAUGGUGGAGACCAAGUCAACGUGGAGGUUUGCUCUACCCAGGCUCCAGCCUCAUCACCCUCAGCGGCAGGUCGUAAGCGGCGAGCUGUGCAAGAGGAACCUGUACCAACUAGCCCUUCUUAUUUCAGCCAUGAGACCCAGUUUGCCUUGGCUGUGGUCCUUGAUACCAUCCCUAACAGCCCUCCAGUGAUCACAAACUUCAUUGAGAAGAUGAUCAUGAAUGAAGAUGAAGGUACUUUGAUGUAUACAUUCCAGGCCAUUGAUGCUGAAAAUGACGUCUUAGUCUUUGAACUUGGCAGCAAUAAGGACUUACAGGGCACUGCAACGAUUACUGAGGAUGGUGAAUUCAGCUACACACCCUGUGCAGAUUGCUAUGGCAUUGUCAAUGUCCAUGUCACUGUAAGAGAGUUGCAGAUCUUCACUGAGAGAGAGUUCCUGUCAACCGGCGUUGAUAUCACCAUUGAAGUUCAACCAGUUAACGAUAACCCUGUGCUGUACAGUGCACAGAACAGCCAAGUUGUUGGCAAUGGACGCAUUGCAUUGUUAACAGUUGAGCAGAACACAGGUUUCAACGUUGCCUACAAGGAACUUAGCUUUGAGCUAGGAGCUUAUGACCCUGACAUCACCGAUGAAUUGACCGUCGUGACCCAACCUCCAACCUAUGGCACCCUGACUCUGACAAGGGUAUCAAAGACUGUGCCAACAGCGCAGGGUUGCAGUGAGCCCUCUAUUGACAAUGAAGAGCCUGUCAUCCCAUGUGGGCUCACGCUACCCCGCAGUGAGGAGGACAUGAGUUGGACAACAUCUAGAUUCUCCUAUGCUCCCAACCCCAACUACCAUGGCAGGGAUAGCUUCCUGGUCUUGGUUGAGGACCAGUCAGGGGCCGUGUCUCAGCUUCUGGAGGUACAGAUUGCUGUGCUUGCCAACCCUUGCAUCAAUGAUGGCAUCUGCAGAGGACCAGCAGAAGACCCCAAUUGUACCUCUCCAGCACGUAGCGAUGGGUUUGAUUCCUACUCCUGCCUGUGUCAGCCUGGAUGGUUUGGUGAUGCCUGCCAGACUCAUGGGACUGAUUCUGACGAAUGUUUGUCCACACCUUGUGAAUACCCGUAUGUCUGCUACAGUCACCACGGUGGUUACCAGUGUGCCUGCCCAUUGUCUGAUCCACUCUGCGACAGCUUCAACUGGAGAGCCAGAGUUAUUAUUGGCAUAGGCAGCUGCAUGGUGGUUGUGUUCAUCAUCGCUGCAUUGGUUCUCUACGAGCAACAAGAACACAGCAAAAAGAACAGAUUUCACAUCCCUCCCCAGAUGGAUUCCAGUGUUCAACCUUUAUCCUUUAACAAUACUGCUGGUCCUGCAGUGAGCCCUACUGAUACUGAUGUGUUGGCACAAGCAAUGAUCCAUGUGCAAAGUCCUGGGAAUCUCAAGGACCCUGAUGAGAUUGAUGAGCCAGUGGAGUUGCUGACUUUCCAAUGGAGGCCUCCCCCAUCAUUUGAGGAUGAGGAUACAACCUGCCUUGAGACAGAGAAUCAAGGAUCUGUUCAAGAUGUUCAUGAAACAGUGAUUUAAACAAUCGACCAUGGCUGAUCAACUGCGUAUUAAAGGUCAAAUGUCAGAACCUUUACAUUUAAUGGAUUACUUAUAGUGGCAUUUUGCAAAAGGAUAAAGGAAAAAUUACUUAAUAAAUAGUAUAUUUACUGCAGUAGAGAUUUUAUGGUUAAGCUUUUACUUGUUAUUCUACACAGCUUGUUAGGUUAACAUAGACCUAUCAACAGCACUUUUCAAAAUUAAGCAAGACUGUUUCCAUAAAUAACCCUUGGAAAUGACAUUUGUUUAGAUGGACCUUUCCUUAUGGUUUAAUGGCCAUAACCGAAUUCUUUAAUUUCUUCAACUGUUUUAGGCAUGCAGCAAUUGUUUAUUGCAUUUCAAACUUCAAAAUUGUAAGGAAUUUUGUUGCACAUUAGCAAUAUUGCUACUGAAUUUUUAUGUAGAAUGCAAGGAUUGCCUAAUGAUAAGCAGACCUAUCUCAACAUCAAAUCAAACUUUACAAUGUUGGUUGUGCUGUACAUGUAGGCCUAUGCAAAAGUGUUCUUUUUGUCUACAUUUUACACACAAGGAUAUACCAAGUUUAAAAAGCGUAAAGGUACUCAUUAGGGCUAAGAUUCAGAUUAUGAAUCACUUUGGUGGACGGAUCGACUUGUAUGCAAUUUAUAGCAUCAAAAGGCUUUUGGAAUAAUUGGUAGUAUAAAAAUUAAUUUUUGCAUGAAGUCAGAACAGACCAAAAUCAUGAUAUCACAGAUUACGCAAUCUCAAAGUCAUCAAACCAUCCGUUUCUAAGGAAAUGGCUGAUACAUGGUAUAAUAAAAUGAAAUCCCUUGCUAAACAAGGUCGCCUCUUGGAACUAAUGGAAGCUGAAAAAUCCAACAUUAUGUGGAAAUCAAUGAUGUAGGGGACGUUGGCGCUAUUGGACCACUUAAGCUCAUUCUUGAUUCUAACUAUAUUCAGUAAUCCAGGAAAAGGAUAAAACUACUCUUAAUAUAUGACCAAAACACUUGUUUGUUAUUACAAACGGUUGAAAUCAAUUACAUUAUUAAAAACUUAUGAAUAUUAGUAUAUAUAAGUAUAGAUCAUUUAAUAUUCAUCCAAAAGUGGACCACUAGCCCCACACCCUGGGCAAGUGGACCACAUCAUAAAACUUUAAAACGUGCCACCAAAAGAAUACGAAAUGAAUGUUGGCAUGAGUAACUUGAUAUUAAAACACUAAAAUUGGCGAUUGUAAUUAUCUCAGAAGCACCAGAUUUCAAUGGAACAAAUUAAUUAGAAAAAUCCCUUACCUUUCCUCCUGUCAUACAAUUUCGUUUUUGGAAUGUUAAGCAAGUUAAGUUGUUUGGUUUUCGCAUUUGUAUUAUCCUAAAUCAUAAUUUGAAGUUUAUUUUUCAAGUUGAUUUAUAUUUCUCCCAUGGGCCUCAAUUUAUGUUCAGCUUAACGUCUGAUAAAAAUAAAUAUUAUUGUUCAAACGCAA